AUGGCCACUCGUAUGAAGCCGACGCUGCAGGAUCGGCGAAAGGGCGAACUUGCCCUUUCCGAUUUUGCGGAUUAUGUCGCAAAGCAGCAGGCGAAGACUCGGGCAAACCCACCUGACUCCAUUGCCAGCGACAGUGGCUACGCGUCUGCUCCUCGUUCUUCCGUCACUGAAGACCACGCAGAACUCGAUAUCCUCGAUCACUUAGGUCUCGCCGACGCGCCCUCCCAGGUAAAGUUGAAAGAUUGGCUAGUGGAUGACUCGGAGGAUGCAUCUGUAACACUUCAGGAGCUGGCAGGACUGAUACAGUCCAGAAUAGACGAAGGCCAUGGCGAGGUACUGUUCGACUUGGGUUUGGAGGACAGUGGCGAACCAAUGGGCUUCACGAAAAUGCAUUGGGAUCUUGCGUUGCAGAGGAUAACCGAGGCUGCAGGCAUUGUCAAGGCUGCUGUGAAAGUCCUUUUGACAUUCAAUGUCGGUGGUGCGGAAGAAGCCGAGUCAAAGAACCCCAAGGACCAGUCAUGCCAUGGCAAGCUACUCAUCCGACAGGCUCCCUCAACCGCAGAAGGUGUUAUUGAGACUCGAAUCGCUGUGGUCGGAAAUGUCGAUGCUGGAAAGUCGACUAUGUUGGGUGUUCUGGUCAAGGGUAAUUUGGACGAUGGCCGUGGCAAGGCUCGAGUCAACCUGUUCCGCCACAAGCACGAGAUCGAAUCUGGUCGUACAUCGUCUGUCGGCAUGGAAAUCAUGGGCUUUGACACCCACGGCGACGUCGUCACCUCGAGCGUGCCAGGCCGCAAGUUGACAUGGGGAGAAAUUGGCACAAGGUCUGCCAAAGUCAUCACGUUCACCGAUCUGGCCGGUCACGAGAAGUACCUUCGCACAACUGUUUUUGGGCUGCUCUCUUCCGAGCCGAACUAUUGCCUACUAAUGGUGGCAGCCAACAAUGGUCUGAUAGGCAUGUCCAAGGAACAUCUCGGUAUCGUGCUUGCCCUGAAUGUUCCUGUAAUGGUGGUCAUAACCAAGAUCGACAUCUGCCCACCUCAGAUCCUCGAGCAGACGAUAUCCCAGUUGGCCAAGAUUCUCAAAUCUCCUGGUGCUCGAAAGAUUCCGAUAUUCAUCAAGAAUUAUGAGGAGACCGUCAUGACAGCCACUCAAUUCGUCUCUCAGCGAAUAUGCCCGAUCUUCCAGGUCUCCAACGUCACAGGAGAAAGCUUGGACCUAGUUCGAACCUUUCUGAAUAUCUUGCCCCAUCACGGCCACUAUGACAGUGAGGCUCCUUUUGAGUUUCACAUCAACGACACAUUCUCCGUUCCAUUCGUGGGCACAGUCGUGUCUGGUGUGGUCAAGUCUGGCGUCAUCCAUGUAGGAGACACGGUCUUAGUCGGACCUAACUCCUUGGGCCAGUUCGAGACAACAAGCAUACGGUCCAUCGAGCGAAAACGAAUACAGGUACCAGGUUGCAGUGCCGGUCAAUCAGCGUCUUUCGCCUUGAAGCGUGUUCGACGUAAAGAGGUUCGCAAGGGAAUGGUUGUGUUGCCGAAGGCUGAAUCAUUGCCAAAGGUGUACAGAGAGUUUGUGGCUGAAGUCCUCAUCCUAUCUCAUGCUACAACUAUUCGUCCGAAGUACCAAGCGAUGUUGCAUGUUGGCCCUGUCAGUCAGACCUGUGCUAUUAUCGACAUUGACCGCGAGUACAUACGGACCGGUGACCGGGCUACGGUGGCGUUCCGAUUUGUCCAGCGACCCGAGUUUCUGGCUGUGGGCCAACGCAUACUGUUCCGAGAGGGCAAGACCAAGGGGCUAGGCAUAGUCAAGUCGUUAGGCUAUGAGGAGGGCUCGUUAAGCAAGCAGAUCCCUAUACAGGGGGCCGAAGAUGGUGAGGAUGUUAAGGGCAAGCAGAAGGCUGAAGAGAAGGGUGCUCAGACUACCAAGUCGCAAACUACGGCGGCGGCGAAUGGCAAGACGAAGUGA